CCAGUGCCCGCCUUCCCCCAGCCCGCUGGUGCUGCGGGCCUCGCACCCUCCUCUCCUCCGCGUUCGCCUGGUCCCUUCGGCCGGGACGCCGCUGCGACGCGGCUGCAAGCCUGCUGCUUGCCUGCUGGGCCGGUAGGCAGCCAGGCUCGUUUUUAACAGCUGCCAGCAAAAAGCACCAGCAUUUGACUCAUUAAUUGUUACUUGAUUAUGCUUUGCUUCAUCAAAGUCCAAAGACCUUUUCAGAGUCUUAAAGUUUACAAUCAGCGUAGCUCGUCUAGUUUUGAAAUAACUAGAAAAGAGUAAACGCUAGCUACCUGCCUGUGAAUACUCUCUUGCUUUAUUUCUGUAUUGCUCUAAAAGCACUUCAGCGAUGCAAUACAAAAGAGCAAAAUCCAAACGACAUCGUGAUCUCAGUGCUGGCUUGGGACUUAGAAAGCUUCCUGGUGAUGGCAAGCUGGCUUUCUGAGAGUGCCGUGGAUGCUCCGGAAUCACUGCGUGGAUCCAGUGUCCGAUGGUGUUCCUGUGCCUAGAGGAUCUGGUGCAGCUUGCUUUAGUGAUGUUUCAGGUGCUGUUUUCAAGGCUUACAUGCCCCCGUGCGAUUGUAGGCACUUACCUGGGCCUAAACAUGCAGAUCUGACAGAAACGCGGCUAGCUUCAGUAUGGCUAGAAAAAAGUUUAGGUAUUGUGAGUUGGCUUUUGAGGAGCAGGGAGGAAGUCGUGCUCUGACCUGAGCAGAUGUUAUGCUGGAGAGGUAAUGGCUAUCAUUUUAUCACUCCUCCUUAUUUUCCGUUUAGGAGGACAUGGCUGCUCACGUGGGAGCAUCCCGAACCCCUCAGGAGGUGAUGGAACACUACGUGAGCAUGUACAUCCACGGCAACCUGGGAAAAGCCUGCAUCCCCGACACUAUUCCGAACAGAGUAACGGACCACACGUGUCCCAGCGGUGGCCCCCUUUCUCCUAGCUUGACCACGCCGCUCCCACCACUGGAUAUCUCGGUGGCCGAGCAGCAGCAGUUGGGAUACAUGCCGCUUCGGGAUGACUAUGAGAUCGAGUACGAUCAAGACGCGGAGACUCUGAUCAGUGGCCUUUCGGUGAACUAUGACGACGAUGAUGUGGAAAUAGAGUUAAAAAGAGCUCACGUAGACAUGUACGUAAGGAAGCUCAAGGAGAGGCAGCGGCGGAAGAACAUUGCACGAGACUAUAACUUGGUACCGGCCUUUCUGGGAAAGGAUAAAAAGGACAAGGAGAAAGCUCCCAAACGAAAGAUCACAAAAGAAGAGAAGGAGUUGAGGCUGAAGCUGAGGCCUCUGUACCAGUUCAUGUCCUGUAAGGAGUUUGAAGACUUCUUUGAGAACAUGCACAAGGAGAGGAUACUUCGAGCCAAGAUUCGGGAGCUGCAGCGGUAUCGUCGAAAUGGAAUCACCAAAAUGGAAGAGUCGGCAGAAUACGAGGCAGCCAGGCAUAAACGGGAAAAGAGGAAGGAGAACAAAAACAUAGCUAGUUCCAAGAGAGGGAAGGAAGAGGGUAAAGAAGGUGAAUUUGCUGCCAUUGAAAACCUGCCUGGCUUUGAACUCUUAUCGGACAGGGAAAAGGUCCUCUGCAGCUCUCUAAAUUUGAGUCCUGCACGUUAUGUGACUGUAAAAACUAUAAUCAUUAAAGACCACCUCCAGAAAAGACAAGGAAUUCCUUCAAAGAGUCGCCUUCCCAGUUACUUAGAUAAGGUACUGAAGAAAAGGAUUUUAAACUUUCUAACAGAAAGUGGUUGGAUAUCCAGGGAUGCUUCAUGAAACUCAGUUGAUCUGAAAGAACGCAGCAGAGGCCCGUUAGAGCCUCACGGACUCCGUUGUUUUUUCCUUCCCUCCCCAAAGAUACAGAAAUUAUAUGUCGCUUAAAAACAAAACAAAAAAAAAAAAAA